AUGAAAUUCACUCUGCUUAUUUCUGCUAUUUUAGCCUGUGCUAGUGCCGCUAGCAAUACUACCGCUGUCACCUCUACUAAUGUAACAACCUCUACUGAGGUCGUCACCGAGUACACUACCUACUGCCCCGAGCCAACAACCUUUACAGAGGGCAACAAAACUUACACAGCUACUGAACCAACCACCAUUACAGUGACAGACUGCCCUUGUACUCGUACCCAUACCUUUACAACCCAGUUCGUCACCGUCUGUGGAAGCGCGGCGCCUACCAUGGAGCCACCCGCUGGGCCUUCAACUAGCGUUCUGCUUGCCAAUGGAGCAUCUGCUGUUGGUCCUUCCUUGUUGAGCUUAGGGCUCGCUGUGCUGUUCUUCUAUUAA